UACGAUACUUAGAUUAUAUCCUAUUUGUGUUGUUUAGCUUCUCAAAUUUAACAUGGGUUAGCUGACGUCGCUUGGAGAGUAGAAAGUAUCGUCCUAGGUGUGGAGCGAGUCCAAGUUCCACUUGCCUAACUUGGUCACACAGGAAUAUUUGGGGUUCACAAUAUAGAUCGUAUAGGGCCCCAAGUAGUACAGUUUUCCCUGCUCCUGGCACCUCUUGCCAGGGCCAUGUCAUGAUGGUGCUCCGCCGGCUGCUAAGGAGACGCUGGGUCCUCGGAGUGGUGUUCGGAUUGUCCCUAAUUUACUUCAUCACCAGUACCCUCAAACAGGAAGAGAGAACCAUUCGAGACCGCACCCUCUUGGAAGUGAGGGACUUGGACCACCGCAUCCCCUGGAAGAUUCGUUUCAACUUGGGUAACAGCAGCCGUCAGAUGACCCAAUGUCGGAACUCCAUCCAGGGCAAAGCCCUGCUGACAGACGAGCUUGGCUACGUGUGCCAGAGGAAGGACCUGCUGGUUAACGGCUGCUGUAACGUCAACGCUCCGAACUCCAGGCAGUACAUCUGCAAGAGCUGCUUGGCCAACGGCUGCUGCGACAUCUACGAGUACUGUGUGUCCUGCUGCCUGCAGCCCGACAAGCAACCACUCCUCGAGCGUUUCCUGAACCGAGCUGCAGAGGGCUUUCAGAAUCUCUUCACUGCGGUCGGGGACCACUUUGAGCUGUGCUUGGCUAAGUGUCGGACCUCCUCACAAAGUGUUCAACAUGAAAACACCUACCGAAACCCUCAGGCAAAGUACUGCUAUGGAGAAAGUCCUCCAGAACUUCUUCCUAUAUGAGUCUGUUAAGAACGAAGAGAACCGGUGGACCUAGAUAAUUCCCAUGUGGGACCCCUCAUCCAAAAUACAUCGCAACAACAUCAAUAAUCGGAGCGCCAUCCAUUUCAGUGUUGGAAAAAUAGCCUUGCAUUGAAGAGCUAUUUCAAAAUCUUGAAUUAUACUUACACUUCAUAAGUGCGUAGAAGGCAACAUAAAUUCAUCUGUGAUGAUUGACAGGUCUUCAAAGCAGGCAGCUCAUCCGUUUCCAUUUUCAAGCAGGCCUCGUUUUAAGAUGUUUUUUAUUUUAAAUUUUUUAUCCAAAAUUGUGUCAUCACUUAUGUGUGUAUGGUAACGCAUGCUUAUGGAAUAACUAUUUAACAGCUAAUGUGAAUGUUAUUUUCUUGUAAUUUAUGCUGUGUUUUCACAGAUCAUUUUUUGUCUUUUGUAAACAAAAUAAAGUAAAGCCAUUCAUAAUUGUAAGAAAUAUAUUGAAUUCGACAAAAGUCAACAUUUUGUUUUUCUAGUUGAUUCCAGUAUUAAUCUGACAGUAAUAAAUGACAUUUCGAUGGA